AUGUCUAGUGGUCACCCAUCUGGAAAAGCCCAUUCAUGCGGCAUGAACUCAGCCUUCACCUGGAGUUACGAUAACUUGUGUAUCGUUUUUCCCUGGUGGCACCUUUCAAGUAAAAAUGAUCUACUUAUAGGAUGUCUCGGUGUAGCCCUUUGGGCCUACCUAUAUGAAUAUAUGAAAUACUACAUCUACAACACCCAGCGCCACAACGCCAGUAACGUAUCUUCGCGUUACGCAACAUCACUCUGGUACGGGGCGCAAGUUGGAGUCUCAUUUUUACUAAUGUUGGUUAUGAUGACUUACAAUGGUUAUCUUAUGUUGAGUGUUGUAGCAGGUGCGAUCCUAGGGCAUUUUCACUGGGGCUCUAGAGUCUCCCAUACUCACAUCGCCGACUUGUCUCUAGCCUGUCAUUAG